UCCGAACCUCCUCUGCCGGCUUGCCAUUAUCGAUCACUUUGUCCGGGUCCAGGCCUUUCUGCUUCUCCAGUCCCUUAUAUUUCUGCAAUUGUUGAUUCGGAGGCCAGGACCUUCCCAAGAUGGCUGCUUCACAAGGUGUCAAUGUUCUUCGUUACUCGGCUCUCGUAGCUGGUCUCGUUUAUGGUUUCUACCAUCAGUCCUCUAUUACUGCUGCCAACAGACGUGCCGAGGCCGAACGCGAAUAUGCCCGCCAGGAGCGCCUGAUCGAACAGGCCAAGGCCGAAUGGAAGAAGAAGACGCAACCUCAGGACAGCAAGUCAACGGGUGUCAUUACGGAUCCCGAGGACCCGAAGUUCGACCUUGAGGCAUUCCUGAAGCUGAAGGCCGGUGAGGCUUAAAGGGCCGUGGACGUGCAAGAAUAAACAAAAAGACAAAAGGCGAAAUGAGGGGCGGCCAUCGCCGUUCGACUGCUACGCUACCCAUUGGGUCUUAGAGAUGGUUCGGGUGAAUCCCGAUUAUGUAUUAUCUAUUUGGUCUAAUUUCCCAGAGUCGUGCUAUUGCGAGCGAAA